CACCGCAGUCGCGGUGCGCGAUUGUCGAUUGUCGCCAUUGUGUCGAGCGAGCGACGGACGCGCGGAGCUCGUGCUUGUUUGAUUCGCAACACGCGAUACGAUAACGCAAAUCGAGUAAAUCGAUCGUGUAAUAACAGUUACGUACACAAUGAUAACAGUUGUUAAUUGAUAAUUUGUUUAAACUUAUUUACAUUUGAGAUUUGUGUGUGUAGUGCCGGCGGGACUGAGUUUUUUACACGUGAUUAAAAGGCUUCAUCGUGGAUCUGGAAUUACACCAACGUGCCAGCGGUCACUUUAUGAGUGCCGCUGGUGCGAUGUGCGACCGCACCGGCUUCGGGUCGACCAUGGGCCACUUCCCCAUGGGUCCCAUGUCGGCGAUGGGCGCCAUCGGCUCCAUGGGCUCCAUCUCCGCCAUGAACGGGCCCCAACAGAAGAAGGCCCAAGAAGAACACAUCAAAAGACCUAUGAACGCCUUUAUGGUGUGGUCAAGGCUUCAAAGACGGAAGAUUGCACAGGAUAACCCUAAGAUGCACAACUCUGAGAUCUCGAAGAGAUUAGGUGCUGAAUGGAAACUCCUGACAGAAGACGAAAAGAGACCGUUCAUCGACGAAGCCAAGCGCAUCAGGGCGAUGCACAUGAAGGAACACCCUGACUACAAGUACCGGCCGCGGAGGAAGCCCAAGACAUUGAGGAAGGAGGGCUACCCGUACUCCAUACCGUACCCCAGCGUGCCAAUGGACGCUUUGAGAGCCGGUAUGGCCGGCGGAGGUAUGGGACAGGCUAUGGGAGGGUACUACGGGGCAGCUUACGGCCCGCUCGGGGCCAGCAUGGCAGCAGCAGCGGCUGCGGCUGCGCAGCAGAACGCUAUAAAUGCUGCGCUUACUCCUAACCCACAGGUUGGCUCAUCAAUGGACAUGUCGAAGUACUCCAUCGAGGCGGAGAAGUACCGCAGCUACGGCAUGUACCCGGAUCCGUCGCGGGGCUACCUGGACUCGGCGGCGCUCUCCAAGGCCUACAUGUACAUGGACCAGCAGCAGCAGCGCUCCUACCCGGUCGACAUCAGCAAGAUGUACUCCGAGGCGUCAGCAGCCGCCAUGGCGGGGCUGAGCUCAGUCAACUCUGCCCCUUCGAGCCUUUCCCCGCGCUCCCCAGCGGAAUCCCCAGACAUGACCCCUAAAGCACAGGACAGGACUGAGGGCAGCUCGUCGUCUGGCUCCAAUCCUUCUCCUUCCCUCCCGUACUACCAGGGCUCGUCCAGCAUCCUCAUGCCGCAGUACCCCGGCCAGUACCCGCAGAGCACUCAAGCGGGCUCCGAGUUCCGACGACCCCUCACUGUCAUAUUCUGACCUGAAACCUAGUUUGUUGUUGUUGAUUUUUAUUUAUUCGUUUAUUUUUAUUCGACUGCGAAUUUAGAGGUUAGAUUUCUUUAUGCUAUUAAAAUUAUAAAUGCGGUUCGGCGAUAAAAUUAUUUGAUGCGAAUGUUAAGAUAUAAAUUCUAUUAUAUUAAAAAGAUUCUUCUAUUCAAAAUUUUAAUUGUUUUUUUAUUAAUUAACGUUUCGAUACGUUUCGUGGGACCUGUUCGCUCGUGAAACUAGUGUUGGACUGUUUUAUUUGUGCUCCAAAGUUCCUUCUUAUUUUCCUCCAGUAAUUUUAAGUUGAUAGAUUAUGUCUAGCCUAUGUGUAUAGGAAAUAUACCUAUUUCUUUGUUGUAAAUAUAGUUAAUUGUUUAAAUAGGUGUUGAUUCUUUAUCGGUUAAGUGAGUUUUCGGAAAUGCUAAAAAUGGCACCUUAAAAUUUUAAGCUGUAAAAUAAUUCAAGCUACAAGAUUCAAUAAGGGUUCGAAUUUCAAGUUCUAAAACUCAUUUAUCGAUAAAGAAAUAAUUUUAUCGAUUAUUGUAACAGUAACACUAAAAUAUCGAAUGAUAUAACAAACUCGAAUAAAUCGAACAAAUAUGUGUCGCUUUUACAAUAACUUAUUGGAAUAAGUCCAAAUUAAAUUACAACGACUUUUGAUAAUACUUGUAAAAUGUAAAUAUAGUUACAUAAUUGUUAUAUUUUCCUCUUUAGAUUCAUAUGUGUCAUUUUGUAAUUAAAAGUUAAAUUGGAUGUUAAAACUACUGUAGUAUAUUCAGUAGUAUUUUAUUUUUAUUUUGGACUUAAUUGAAGACUGCUUGACAGAAAAUCGGUUAAUCGAUUAUGUAAUCGAUUCAUUGGAUCACUUGUGAUGCCUAUUAAUUUCUGAAAUCCUAUAGUUUUUAGAACAGAUUAUUUUAGUAGUGUCUGGUUUGAAUAAGUAAAUAAUGUAUCGGAACAUCUGUUAUGCAAAUUACUUUAUUUUAAUCUGUUGUUUAAACUGUAGAGGUAGAAACAUACAUUCCAUCUUUAAUAGUCAUCAUAAUGUAAAAACAAAUCUGUGAUUUUUAUUAUUUUUAUGACUUACAUAUUAUAACAAUUCAAAUAUAUGUUAAAAUUGACAACAGAAAAACGCAGAACAAUUAUUUAAAUUAUCGUUGUCGGCCAUCUUGUAUCACUUUGCAUUUAUAAGUUGCCAUAUAAAAUAUUUUUCAAAUUUGCAUGACUGCAACAAAAAACAUUAAAAAAAUAUAUCCCGUAAUUUAAACCUACAAAAUAACAUUUUAAUCAUUAUAUUUAGAAAACUAUUGUAAUUAAUGAGAAAACUAAGCGUAUUUGUAUAAAUAUGUUGUAAAUUUAGUCGAUUGUAAUGAUGGGAAUAUUAUCUCGAUUAAAAAAUAUUAUACGUAAUUAAAAUGAUUAGAAAACUUACAAAAUGUAUU